AUGCUCUACACCCACGCAACAAUCGUGACAGUGGACCAAACCCGCCGCAUAAUCGAAGACGGCGCAAUCCACGUCACGGCCAACAAAAUAGCCGACAUAGGCAAAACAGCCACUCUGAAAGAGAGAUACCCCAACGACGAAGAGAUCAACCUCUCCGGCCGAAUCAUCGUGCCCGGCCUGAUCUCCACACACAUGCACACGGCGCAGACCCUGCUCCGCGGCACAGCCGACGACCUCGAGCUGGUGUCGUGGCUCUGUGAGCGGAUCUGGGUGCUGCAGGGCAACUUCUCCGCGGAAGACGGGUACGCCGCUGCACGCCUGAGUAUCGGCGAGAUGCUGAAGUCUGGGACGACUUGUUUCUUGGAAAGCAUGUUCGCCGACCGGUAUGGGUUUGAUGGACUGGCUCGGGCGGUGGAGGAGAGUGGCAUAAGGGGGUGUCUGGGUAAGAUUGUUAUGGAUAUUGCGAAGUAUGCGAAGGAUGAUGCCUGGGCUAUGUAUCCCGGUCUGGUGGAGAAUCGAGAGACGUCGCUGCUGGGCACGGUUGAUAUGUGGGAGAAGUGGAAUGGCGCUGCUGAGGAUCGCAUUCGCGUUUGGUUUGGUGCGAGGACGCCCGGAGGGGUUUCUGAUGCUUUGUAUAAGGAGAUGACUGCUAUCUCCAAGGAGAAGGGUAUUCCUAUCACUAUGCAUUGUGCUGAGGUCAAGGCCGAUCGUGACUUCUUCGCUUCGGUUAACCAUACCCCUAUGUCUUACUGCAACUCGGUUGGUCUGCUGGGCGAGUCCACCGUGCUCGCUCACAUGGUCCAUCUGGAUGACUCCGAUAUCAAACUGCUCGCUGCCUCGGGAACUCACGUUGCCCACUGCCCGACAUCCAAUGCGAAGCUGGCAUCCGGACUAUGCAGAGUCCCUGACCUCCAACGCGCAAAUGUGAACAUCGGCCUAGGAACCGACGGAGCUCCUUGCAAUAACACCUGCGAUCUGUUGCAAGAGAUGAAACUAGCAGCAAUUAUCCACAAGGGCGAGACCCAAGACCCAACCGUGGUCCCUGCCGAAUCUGUCCUGGAAAUGGCUACGAUCAAUGGCGCCAAGGCCCUGGGUCUUGAGGACAAGAUUGGUAGUCUCGAGAUUGGCAAGAAGGCUGACUUCGUCGCUAUUGAUAUGCGAGGUAUUCACUCGCAGCCUUGGUUCAACCCUGUUAGUGCGGUUGUGUAUACUGCUACUGGACGCGAUGUUGAACUGGUUGUUGUUGAUGGGAAGGUGGUUGUGCGUGAUGGUGAGCUUGUUACUAUGGACGAAAAGGAGAUUGUGCUUGAGGCGCAGAAGAGAAGUAAGGAGGUUGUUGAGAGAGCUGGGCUGGCCAAGAAGGUUCAGCCUGUUUGGCCUAUUGAGUGA